AAGAGAAAAGCAUUGCCCCGGGACAGAAAGAAAAGCCAGCAGCUCCAGCCUCACUCAGUGCCUGAGCCCAGCACGCUGAUUGUGUGUGUUUUCCCCGCCCUCUGUCCUCCAGCCUCACUCGGCUGUCGUAGAAGGUCCUUGUCCGAGGAAAGGGUAAUGAAAACAGGCGAUAUAUAGGACUAUUUCCGCACAUAUCAUCUCUCUAUAUCGACAGAAGCCCGGACAAACGGCAGCAUGGGGGCCUAUGAAGAGAAAAAGGAGACAUGUGGAACCAUCUGCCUGAAAUACCUCCUGUUUACCUUCAACUUUCUCUUUUGGUUGGCAGGGGGCGUUGUGAUGGCGGUGGGUGUUUGGACCUUGGUUGAGAAGAGCGACUACAUCAGCCUUCUCUCCUCCAAGACCUACGCUGCUUCCGCCUACAUACUGGUCCUGGCUGGAGCCAUCGUCAUGGUAACAGGCGUGCUGGGCUGCUGCGCCACCUUCAAGGAGCAGAGGAGGCUGCUGCGAGUGUACUUUGUCCUGCUUCUGUGUAUCUUCCUGUUGGAGAUCCUCGCUGGAGUCCUGGCGUAUAUCUACUACCAGCAGUUGAACGAGGAGCUGAAGCAGAACCUGAGGGAGACCAUGAUCCAGAAGUAUCAGCAGAAGUCCCAUGAACACAUCACCAGGGCUGUGGACAAGCUGCAGCAGGAGUUCAAGUGCUGUGGGAGCAACAGUUCAUCCGACUGGGCCGAGAGCAUCUGGAUUCGCUCCAGAGACUCAAACAACAGGGUGGUGCCUGACAGCUGCUGUAAGACUCCCACUGAGCUCUGUGGCCGCAGGGACCACCCCUCCAACAUCUACAAGGUGGAGGGUGGCUGCAUCACUAAACUGGAGAAAUUCAUCUUGGACCAUCUGAAAAUCAUCGGAGCGGUGGGUGUGGGGAUUGCCUGUGUACAGAUCAUAGGGAUGGUGUUUACAUGCUGCCUAUACCGAAAUCUAAAGGCAGAGCCGUACUAAGACACGCAAAAAAGAAGAAAAGUGAGUGGGUGAAGGAGGUAACUUCAUCACCACAUGCCAUACUCAAAUAGCCCAUAGGUUCUUUUCUUUGCCGUGCACACAGGGGAAGGAGAAUUUGGCAAGGGAUCAAAUUGCACAUCAGAGGAUCUCAUUUUGGUAAACAAAGGGUGGAAAAACACUACAAGGUUUCUUGAAGUAAUUAGGCACUUAAAUUGCAGUCUCAGCUACAUCUUCAAGAUCACAGCGCUGUGAGAAAAAGCCUCUGAGAGAAACUGAUGGGAAUUUUAACACACACUGUGUAAAUUAGUGUGGGACAACCUCCGUGGGACUAAAACUCUGUAGCUUUCUUCCACUCUGAUUCCCUCAAUGUACAUUUAUAUGUGUGGACCAGGUGCUACAACCGAGAGCGGUGUAAAGAUCAGUGGAGUAAAACUGGCACUUUACAGAAAAUGUUAAUCCUGGUCGCAGCAGCAGCAGCGGCAGCUUCUCUUUCCCAGCAGCACGGUUUAACAAGCCCACCUCUGGGGCCCUCUCCUACUGCAGCAGCAUUUUGUUUCCACACUAACUAGCCAGUCAUGCAUUUUAAAUCGGCCUUUUAAACUUUUGAACUUUUUUUUACAUUUUGUAAAUGGUGAUUUUCUGUAACACCUGAGGCGCUCUCUUAUGAACCACGCCUUUAAUAAGUCUUCAUAGUGACACGUCAGUGUUUGAUCAUGUUUUAAUCAAACUUAAAACACCUGUUAAGAACACCUCACCUGCCAGGAGUGAAGUUACACAAGUUGUUCAACAACACAACUGUGCCAUUUGACCUAGGCCAGCAUCUUAACCCACUUAGGUUUAAAGGCUGAUGUUAAUGAAGUGAUUUUGUGAUUGUGCUAAUGAUACAUACAAACAGUGCCAAUAAUAUUGCUCAUAAGAAAGUGCCUCAUGUUUUUGAUUGUACCAUCGUCUUUUUUUAUACAAGGGAUUUUUCCGCUGAUGCCAAAGUUACUUUUUGUGAGGACCUACUGUAUCUCUUCCAAGCCUUAUUCACUUAUCUACUGAUGCCUCUCUUUUUUUAGAUUGUUUUCCUAAAUGAAGAUUUAGUUUAGUUUUCAACUGACCAUAAAUAUAUUAUUGUAUAUAACUGACACAUGGUAGAAAAUGGUAGUUUCUCACUGUUAGUAAUGAUCUUUUCCUGUGUGCCUCAAAGAUAGCACUAAAUUAAUCUGCUGUAUAUCUGUCUUUGUGAUAAUCCGGGAACCAUUAUACUUUGAAUAAACAUCAAUCAACAAUACACUUUUCUUCUGCU